CUUACAUUACUUCCUGUUAGCGUCAGGAAUUUAUGUAUUUUAUCCAGGAUUUAAAAGUUGAAUUAUUAAAGUGAGGAAAGGGGAUUAUUUAAUACGUAGAAAUAAUGUCGGACGUUUUUAGAAGUUUUGUUUACUAUAUCGCUUUAACUUAUUUUAAAGUUACUGGUAUAGAUUUCAUCAUAAGCAGGGAAAACGUUUUACUUGGAAGUACAGGAACAUUAACUUUAAGAUGCGACAUCACUGAAAUAGAUGUUGUAACUAUAUACAACUUCCAGAUACAACACAUAAAGUCCACUACAUUGUUUGGGAAUAAUGAUGAUGAUUGGCAGAGGUUAGCAUUCAUGAAAAUAUCCACCAAUGAAAACCCUACUUUAGAUUCAGGUAUUACAGCAAGUGACAAAGAUUAUAUUGCUGGAGGAUCAUGGAAUUCUGACACACCUGCUAGCACAUAUCUUACAUUGGACAUGAACAUGGAGAAGUUGGUCUGUGCAGAUGCAAAAACAUUUAAAUGUGAGUUGUCAUACGACAAUUCACAAACUACGAGAACAGUUUUCAAAAAUGCCACUUUUUCAGCAUAUGUUAAACCUCAAGUGACGUCAUUAGUUGCAAGGAAGAAUGGUUUCAUUGUACAAGGAAUGUCACCAUCUGACAUGGCCACUGCUGAGGUAGGAGAUGAGUUGGAACUUACGUGUACUGCUCAAAUAGGAGGUUUUCACAAACAAUGAUUCGAUGGCAUAGAACAUCUGAAACUUCCACAAGCAAUGAAUUGAUUGGAUAUCAACCACCACAAGGUACAUUUGAUGAGGGCACUGCUAAUAGUGACAACCAGUGUGGAUAUAUCCGAGUUGCUUCAAUCAAGUACAACGUGACAGUAGCUGAUGCUUAUAGGGAAAACAAUCUGGCAUUUGCUUGUUUUGUUACUGUUAGUGGAGAUCCUUAUGGGAGCUCUUAUACCUCAGAAAACAAUCCGAGAUUUUAUACUGACGUCAAUAACCCAGGCAGUGAAGAUUCAGGCAAUAAUAUGAUAACAACAGAUGGGAAUGAGAUAAGUAUAUCAGCAGCAGUUAUCGCCGCGAUUGUCAUUACCUCACUAAUUGUUGGUGUUCUUAUUGGCGUGGUUUUUACAUUGGUUAUUUUAAAUAGAAAUCGAACAGUAACAGGCCCGAAGAAUCAAAAUCAACAUCAGCGAACAUCAGUGUCACGAGAAACAGAAUUUAACGUUUCGUCACUUUCACCGAAUACCUAUGAACAACUUCAAAAUAGAACAGAUACUGAAAGCAGGAUAACCUAUGAUUCCCUUGACGGUAUUACAAUUAUUUUCUAAUUUACAUUGCGA